AUGGAUCCUAAUUUCUCAACUCCACAUCUAACAACCGUUCUUCACUCCGCUCUCACUACUUAUCUCACUGCCCUUCGCAAAGAGCAAUCGUUACACGAGGCUGGACUUCCUCGUCAAGGCAAAGACAUUGAAACCGCUGAAGAUUUCGAAAGAAGAGGAGGCGAAGAAGAGAGGAUCGCGGCGGUAGAGCUUCUGUUGGGUUUGGAGGAAAGAAUAACAACACUCGUUGAGAGGUGGGUGAGUCGAGGUGAAGAGAUCAAUUUAGGGACUGCAGGGCAGGACCUAAUCGGAGAAAUUGAAACGGCAGCUGGACUGCGUUUGGAAUUGGUCGACAACAGAAUAUCGGAACAGCAGCGCAAGAUCGAACACGAAGAGCCUUAUAUCAAUACUCUUACCGGAGAAUGGAUAUAUCCUGACACGGCAGGGCCCUCUCACGAUUGUUCAUCCCCUACUUCUGAUGGAUUUGGAGAGAUUCACACACCCAAGACAGAACCAGAAGAUCCCAACGACGUAAUACCAGAUUUACUCGAAGACAUCGACAAUUUGAUAGAUCUCAACUGCUUCACUCCUAGAACCGAGCAAAUUUCUAACGAUAUGAAGAGUUACCUGAAGCAUCUAAUGCCUCCUCUGAUUCCCCCGACAGGGUCGGGAUCGAAACCUCGAUCUCGGUCUCAGUCCCGGUCCCGAUCUCAAAUUUCGUCCCAAAAGAAACCCGAAGUCAGACCCAAGCAAAAAUCUCGAAUCGAGUCGUCUCAACCCUCGAGUCAAAAGAACAAGUUACAUUCAUCUCGACCACGGACUUCACGGGCGAAAGUGGAGUCUAGCUCUUCUAGCUCUGGCUCGGAGUUAUCAUCCGACGAACUCACAGCCCAGAGACUUCAAGCUGAAUGGGACCACGAGAACGAUCUUCUUCAAUCCCAGCUACGAUUUGCACGCAACCUGGAGCAUCGCAGUCACUCUCCAUCUCAGUUUGAGCUCGAUAGACUUGAGGCUCAAAGAUUGCAGGCUCAAAUUGAGGAAGAGCAGGCUGAAUCUGACGCAAGACGUGCGGCCCGUCUUGAGAGGGAAACGGAAGAGGCUAUAAGAAUUGCUGCCGAGUGGGAGAACGAGGACAGCCAUGCUGCUGCUCUACAGCGAGAAUGGGAAGAGCAGGAUAGGAGACUUGGUGAACAAGAGGACUUCGCCAGGAUAUUGCUGCGGAGGGACGAAGAAAGGGCUACUUCGCUUGAAGGAGACUUAGCUGCAGCGCAGGCCGCUCAAGCUCAAUGGGAACAAGAAGUCCAGGAGCAGGAGAACCAAGCGAGAAGAGCGACUAAAGAUGAGGAAAGAAGAGAAGGAGAAGCAAGGAAGAGAAGAGCUACUGCUGAAGCUGCCGAGGCAGAGCAGAAGUCGAAGUUGGAGAAAGAGCGAGCAGCUCGCAAAGAGGCUGAAAAGAAGGUCAGGGUUGAGACAGAACGAUUGCAACGACAACAGGCUGAGAAGAAAGCUAAAUUGGACCGAGAACAACGAGCCAACGAGGAAGCCGCCAAGAAAAUUCAACUAGAAGCUCGGAAGAAAGAAAAGUUGCGCGUUGAAGAUGCCAAAAAUGCGCGUGAAAUGGCCGAAAAAGAAAAGCAGCGAGUGACGGAUGCAAAGAAGGCACGCGAGCUGCUAGAGAAGGAGAAGAAGGCAAGGCAAGCUGAUUGUGUAUCAUGCAUGGAGGCAGGAGAGAAAGCCAAAAUGUGUGUAUUGUCCUGUGAACAUGCAUAUUGUGAAGAGUGUAUUGGGGGUGCCUUCCAAGCUGCUCUCUCAUCCAAGACACGAUUCAAAUGCUGCAAGCUGAAUGUUCCGGUCAACGUUGCUUCUAGCUGGCUCGAUGCAACUUUCAUCGCCUCAUACAAAAUGUUGAUUCUCGAGCAAGCUACUAAGGAUCCCCGUUAUUGCUCCAACAAAGAAUGUACCAAGUUUAUUCCGCCAGCCAACAUACAUGGGGCCAUCGCAAUUUGUCAAACAUGUAAACAUCGUACAUGCGCACCUUGUGGUAAUGGGGAACAUUCCGGUGUAUGUAAAGAGGAUAAGGAGGGUCAAGUGUUACAGGCACUAGCGGAGAAGGAGGGAUGGCGGAAUUGUCCUAGUGCCUAUUCGAGUGGUGUUGGGAAUGCAAGAGUGAGUGGAAUGACUUCCUUUUGGGCCCCAGUUGCCGGACAUGUUAGCGCUUGCAAAUUCGCAGUGUCAAUCCAGUUAUAG